UCCUUCACACAUGAGGACAAGAAGAUGACUAUCACCAGCCGCCAGUCCUUCAAUGUCCUGACAGUUAUAUUCCUCCUGCUCUCCACUGCAGCUUUAUCAGCACAUUUCCGAGUGUGUGAACCCUACUCUGACCACAAGGGGCGCUAUCACUUCGGCUUCCACUGCCCGCGGCUUUCGGACAACAAGGCGUACAUGUACUGUUGCCAUCACAACAACACGCCCUUCAAGUACUGCUGCAAUGAGACAGAGUUCCAGGUGAUCAUGCAGGUCAACCUCACCAACUCCUCCGACGGAUACGCACACAAUAAUUACACAGCGCUGGUGGGAGUGUGGAUCUACGGCUUCUUCGUCAUGGUGCUGCUAGCUCUGGACUUCCUGUACUACUCGGCCAUAAACUACGAGCUGUGCCGGGUGUACCUGGAGAAGUGGGGAUUGGGUGGCCGAUGGCUGAAGAAGGCACGUAGUCAGUGGCAUCGCUCCAUACCAGAGGAGAGUGAAGCCCCGGCCCCUGUGCAGCCCAUGGGCCCCGGGCACUACCAGCACAGACACAGCUUGAGGGGGGAGAGCCAUAGCCCCACACUGCUGCCUCACAACACCUCCACCGCAUGGUAA